AUGGAUCAUCAUCACCAGCCCACCAAAAACCAAAAACACCAACUUCUUUAUUUUCCUCUCAUAAUCAAGAGAGAACUUGUCUAUGCAAUCUCUUUUCUCGUUGUCUUAACUUCUUCGUUCUUCGUCUUUGAUCUUUUUUGCCCUUUUGAUCCACGAUCAGUCUUUCGUUUUGGUUUCUUGUCACAAAUCUUAUCCAACAAUAAAAAAUUAUCAAACGUUGCAUGUGAUUAUUCCCAUGGAAGAUGGGUUCGGGAUGAAAGUUACAAGAAUCAAUCAUACACAGAAAACUGCCCCUUUCUUGAUCCGGGCUUUCGAUGUGUUCAAAAUGGAAGAAAAGAUAUAGAAUAUCUGAAUUGGCGAUGGCAGCCACAAGGCUGUGGUAUAGCAAGAUUUAACGCAAGUGAACUUCUCGAAAGAAGUAGAAACGGAAGGAUUGUCUUUGCUGGGGACUCUGUUGGCAGAAACCAGUGGGAGUCUUUCCUGUGCAUGCUUGCUCAAGGAGUUUCAAACAAGUCUUCUAUAUAUGAAGAGAACGGGAACCCUAUAACUAAACACAAGGGAUUUCUCUCCAUGCGCUUCAGUGAAUACAAUCUCACAGUUGAAUACUACAGGGCACCUUUCCUGGUAUUCAUCGGUCGCCCACCUCAGAAUUCACCAGCUGGCAUCAAAAUGACCCUUAAGGUCGACCACUUACACUGGUUCUCCAGAAAGUGGGAAGGCGCUGAUGUUCUGGUGUUCAACACGGGCCAUUGGUGGAAUGAAGAUAAAACUGUCAAGAUGGGUUACUAUUUUGAGGACGGAGGUAAAGUGAAUAUAUCGUUGAACGUUAUGGAAGCAUUUCAAAAAUCUCUACAGACAUGGAAGUCAUGGAGUGAAAAUUUAAACCCUGAAAGAACUUAUGUUUUCUUCCGUGGCUACUCCCCAGCACAUUACAGGAAUGGUACAUGGGAUGCCGGGGGUCGAUGUGAUGUGGAUAGAAAACCAGAGACAAAAUACACAAUGCUGGAACCUGAGCCAGUGCAUAACCAAAUCAUUUCUACUGUAAUCAAAGAGAUGGAUUAUGGAGACAGGAAGGUUCAGUUCUUAAACAUUACGCAUUUGUCGCAGUUCAGGUAUGAUGGUCACCCUUCUCACCAUCGUGAGCCAGGCACGCCUGUUGGCGCUCCACAGGACUGCAGUCAUUGGUGCCUACCUGGAAUACCAGACAUAUGGAAUGAAAUUUUAUAUGCUAAUUUACUGUCAAUGGGAUUCAGAACUAAGUGA